AUGGAGCUCCCGCCCCGCCUCGGCUCCGCGCCGCCGCCGCUGUUGCCCCCCGCGCCCGCCCCCGCGCUCGCCCUCGCGCCCGCCGCCCGCCGGCUGCUCUCCUCCCAGGGCCGGCCGCGGGCCCGGCGGCUGCUCGCCCCGCUCCUCCCCGCGCUCGCCGGCCCCGGCCCCGGCCGCCAGGGGGCGCGUCGCCGCCCCCCGCGCUACGUCACGGCGCAGCCGGCCUCGCGAUUGGCGGGCGGGGCGGCUAUAAAGGGAGGGCGCAGGCGGCGCCCGGACCUCUUGCGCCGCCAUCUUAAACCCGGCUCCCCACCACGCUCCGCCGCCGCAGCUCCGCCGCCUGCGCGCCCGCCGCACCCCACGGCCGCCGCCGCCGCCGCCAUGGAGGACAUGAACGACUACAGCAGCAGCAGCAACCUCGAGGACUUCGCCGAGGGCUCCAAGAUCAACGCCAGCAAGAACCAGCAGGAUGACGGUAAAAUGUUUAUUGGAGGCUUGAGCUGGGAUACGAGCAAGAAAGAUCUGACUGAAUAUUUGUCUCGAUUUGGGGAAGUUGUAGACUGUACGAUUAAAACAGAUCCAGUCACUGGAAGAUCGAGAGGAUUUGGAUUUGUGCUUUUCAAAGAUGCUGCUAGUGUGGAUAAGGUUUUGGAACUCAAAGAACACAAACUGGAUGGCAAAUUGAUAGACCCCAAAAGGGCCAAAGCUUUAAAGGGGAAGGAGCCCCCUAAAAAGGUUUUUGUGGGUGGACUGAGCCCAGAUACUUCUGAAGAACAAAUUAAAGAAUAUUUUGGAGCCUUUGGAGAGAUUGAAAAUAUUGAGCUUCCCAUGGAUACAAAAACAAACGAGAGAAGAGGAUUUUGUUUUAUCACAUACACAGAUGAAGAGCCAGUUAAGAAAUUGUUAGAAAGCAGAUACCAUCAAAUUGGAUCUGGGAAGUGUGAAAUCAAAGUUGCACAACCCAAAGAGGUGUAUAGGCAGCAACAGCAACAACAAAAAGGAGGAAGGGGUGCUACAGCUGGUGGUCGAGGUGGUACUAGGGGUCGUGGCCGAGGUCAGGGCCAAAACUGGAACCAAGGAUUUAAUAACUAUUAUGAUCAAGGAUAUGGAAAUUACAAUAGUGCCUAUGGUGGUGAUCAAAACUAUAGUGGCUAUGGCGGAUAUGAUUAUACUGGGUAUAACUAUGGGAACUAUGGAUAUGGACAGGGAUAUGCAGACUACAGUGGCCAACAGAGCACUUAUGGCAAAGCAUCAAGAGGGGGUGGCAAUCACCAAAAUAAUUACCAGCCAUAUUAAAUGAAGAGAUGGAUAAACACAGGUGUGUAUGAGUACAGUAAACCAGUGGAAGUGUCUCAUUUAAUUUAAAGAUCAAUAGACAAAUGAAAAUAAGUAAAAACAAAAGAACAUGUAGCCUGUUUUUACUAAAUUGUUAACUUUUUUUAAUUGCUUUAAUAAGCCUGUUUUGCCUAAAGUGUCUAUAGAUCUUUAACUUUAAAGUUUUAUCUCACUUUCUUUAGUAUUACAGAAAAACUUAAAAGUUUUUCUGUUUGCUUUGUGUACCAGGUGGUCUAGAGGAAUAAUUAAACUUUUUUAGAACUGUUAACAGGUAAAGUACUGAAAUGGGUACAACUUAAGGAAAACAGGAAUGUUGUCUUCUAACUCUGACAUUAUACCUUGUUUGUACCCGCCAGCGGGAACUUCAUUGCAGGCCGUGUGUCACCCUGACCACGUCUAUCUCUGGGGGUCGCACGUUGCGGGCAGAGCGCAAGGCAUACACCAGAAAACGCUGUCCUGUGGUAUGGUCUCUUCCAACUUCAUGUACCAGCGUAAAGAUUAAAGUGGAAAACUUCAGACUUUGGCUUCUUUUUUAAUCUUUUUGAAGAUUAAGUGUCUUAACUUAAAUGGUUUUUUACAGGAGUUAAAGUACAUAAAUGCCUUUUUACAGCUUAAUCAUUUUGGUCUUCUGUUUAGUGUUGUAUUUCAAUUGUGGAGCCUCAUUUUAAGUGUUCAUUCUUUAAGAUUUAAUGCUUGCUUUUUCUUUUUAUAGCUAAUAGUGAAAUCUACAAACCAAAACAACUUUUAAUCUGGGAUAUAAAUUAAAGAUCAUAUGCACAAAUCAACUCAUGCUCUUGAAAUACAAUAUUCCUAAUAGAAGUUUGUGGUUGCAAAAUAUUUUACUUGGCUUACUAGAGCUGUUUCUAGUAGACCUUAAUCUAGCACCAUUUGGUCUGUGACUAUGGGAAGGUUGCAUUCCUAGAUUCCUUUCUAAAUAGAUACAAAUUGAAUGAUAUUUGCUAAUUCUGGGUAGUUCCCCAGACUGGAUUUUGCCAGUCAGUAUGCAUGUGAUCUUUAAUUAUUGUCGAAAAGAAUAAAGUGAGGACUUAAAAACAGUUCAUGAAAGUGGACCUUGAAAGCUUGCCAUAGUUGCACAAAUUAAUUGCAGUUUUGUUUUUGUUCGUAGGAGGAGAUGCUUAAAGUUAACCAUCUUGCAGGACAUCGGAGAUUGGUCAUCAGUUGAUCUUAAGAUGGUUAUUUUGUAAAGACUUUCUAGUGUACAAGACACAACUGUGUCCAACUGUAUAUAGACGCCAAUUAGUUUACUUUGUUUUCACUUUGUCUUUGCUAUCUGUGUUACGACUUGGUGUGGAUUUGUGUUUAUACAAAUUUUAUUUGUAUGAUUUCAUGUUAAACCUCAAAUAAAUGUUUCCUUAUGUGAUUGUU